AUGUCUGCUGGACUAGAUGGAGUCCUAGGUCGACCCAAGGCAGAGUGGACACCAUCACGUGAUGCCUAUUUGGUUGAGCUUUUCAUUGAGCAACACAAUCUUGGGAGGACUGCAUACAAUGAAUAUAAAAAUGUAAUUAGGUCUGUUACACAUGAUUUCAAUAAGAAGUUUGGUACGAAUUUGGAAGAGAACCAGAUAAAAAACCGCUACAAUGUGAUGAAGAAAGAUUAUGGUAUUGUUAAAGCCUUGCUUAGUAAUACAGUAUGUAGAAUGGUUGUGGCUGAUGAUAAAGUUUGGGAUAGCUAUAUUACAGUACGAAGUGAAGCAAGACCUUUCCGAAGAAAGAGCUUUCCUCUUUAUAAACAAAUGUCAAUCAUUUUUGAAGGAGAAAGAGCUAAUGGCAAGAAGUUGGCUUCCCAAAUCCCCAGGAUUCAGUUUGAGCAUUGCUAUAGAGAAGCUAAUAGGAGUGCAGACAUGCUAGCAAGGAUGGGUGCUAAUCAAUCCUCUUCCUUUAGUCUUCAUUCUAGUCCUCCAGAGGAUGUGAAACCUCUGUUAGAAUUUGACAAUUCUGAGUUGUAUUUAAACAGGCGUUAUCCUAUAACUCUUGUAAAUUUCUAG